CGGAAGGGUUGUACUGCUGCCUUAGUCGACAACGAGCUGCUGGCGCGCCAGGGUCGUUCUGAGGGGAUACGGUGGGCUCGGGCUGCAUCGGCGGCGCCCUGUCUGUCUGUGCGGGGCAAGUGGCCUCAGAGGCUCGCCCCCCAGUCCUCGUUGCGGUGCCACGGCCCUGGCGGGCUGUGCAGCUGGGCGAAGAAAGGGGCGGGUGGGGGAGGCGCUGCGGCGGUGGCAGCCCCGGUUUUUGCUGAGUUUCCACUGGCCCGGAGCUCGGGCUGCUGGGGGAGACUGUCCUAAGGGGGCCGGUGCGAGCCGCGGUCCACACAGGCACCGGCGAGGGCAGAGCCCAGAGCCUCUUCUCUGUCUGUGGAGUCACUAUUUGCCGGAAGCGGCGCGGCAGACCUGCCUGGAGAAAGGUUUUCGGGUUGGAGGAGGACCUGUACCACACCAGCUUUGCCUUCCAGCCGAGAUGUAAAUUUUAGGCCUCUGUCGAACGUUUUUUCCCAUCUCAUGGAAAGUGGGAAGACUAUCUUAAGUGGUGGCAUGUUCUAGAGCAAACAUGAAUGUUGGAGUUGCCCACAGUGAGGUGAAUCCAAAUACCCGUGUAAUGAACAGCCGGGGUAUGUGGCUGACAUACGCGUUGGGAGUUGGCUUGCUUCAUAUUGUCUUACUCAGCAUUCCCUUCUUCAGUGUUCCUGUUGCUUGGACCUUAACAAAUAUUAUACAUAAUCUGGGCAUGUAUGUAUUUUUGCAUGCAGUGAAAGGAACACCUUUUGAAACUCCAGACCAGGGUAAAGCAAGGCUCCUAACCCACUGGGAACAACUGGAUUAUGGAGUACAGUUUACAUCUUCACGGAAGUUUUUCACAAUUUCUCCAAUAAUUCUAUAUUUUCUCGCAAGUUUCUAUACGAAGUAUGAUACAACUCACUUCAUCCUAAACACAGCUUCUCUCCUGAGUGUGCUAAUUCCCAAAAUGCCACAACUACAUGGUGUUCGGAUCUUUGGAAUUAAUAAGUAUUGAAAUGUUUUGAAACUGGACACAAUUUUCUUAUAGCUACUGAGUUUCCUAUAAGGAAGGAAUAGUUAGUAAACUGCACUGUUUCUGUGAUAAUGUGAAAUGAGAGGUAUUUACAUUGGAGGGCCUGUUGGGUUCUUCAUAUGCUGUUUUGAGGUGCAGAUUUCUAUUAAAAGAUGCCUCUGUUUAAUGUAUCUGGUAUAUUUCUGAAGAGAGGCUUUAUAAGCAGGCUGGGCAGGCCCAGCUUAUAAGUAAAUGGCAACACAGUGAGGGUGUAGUAGAUGAAUUCAAGGAAAUAAGAGAUUUGUAAGAAACCAGGACCAGCUUAACUUAUAAUAAAUGGCCAUUAUGUUAGGAAAAGAAAAUUUCCAAUCAUUCAGUCACAGUCAGUUUAAGCAAACUUACAUGUAAAUCAGAAUCAUCUCUUUAUAAGCUUAUUAAAGAUUGUUUUUAUUACCAUA